UGCGCCAAAGGCGGACUCUGGCGUAGGUACCAUGUUCUAUGGUAGAUACGGUGAGGCUAUUCCUGGAGGCUGGAGGAUAUUUUCAAUUUAACAUAACUUUAACGCAAUCUGCACGUGGAGGCAAGAAAAAGAAAGACGUUUAUGAAGCUAAGUAUUUGAACUGAUCAAUAGACAGCAUACUUGGCAGCUUUUCUGUGACAUUUUUUUUAAUUUACAUAACACCCUAUCCCCGGUGUGUGCGUCGGCAAAUCUUGCUACCGUAGGUCUGAGUGAGUGAAGCGACCUUUACAAAAGAUCUGACAGAUCUCUCAAGGCCUAUCAUCGAGUAUACGACCAACAUACUGUUUAUCGUAUGUAUCUUGAUAGAUGCAUUUUUACUAUUCAGAUAAACAAGUUAUACAACAAGAUGGCCUAUUGCUUUUUCGAGUAAGCGGUCCUAAAGCCCGCCGUGUUUGCAACUGCAGCCGCACCACCGUGGAUCCCGCGCUGUCUCAGACCCAAAUGCUUCCCUUGCCAAAGGCUUUAAAAUUCUUCGACAUUAUGGAAAAGAUACUGUUAGAACAAGGUUAAUUACAGUCAGUUUGGGUGCUUAGACGAUAGUGGUGUUUUUUUGUUUUUCUUUUUGUUGUUUGUUUGGGGUUUUUUUAAGCUCCAGAUCUUCAAGUUGCCUUGAGCUGAAUAUCGCCUGCAAGCCAUCCUCAAGCCAGAAAGAAAAAAUAAAAAAACAAAACAAAAAACGGAGAGACCAAAACAGACUUCAGACAUAAUUCUUAAAGAAACGGAUUUGUCCGACUAAGUAAUGGUCAUUAAUACGAUCCAUUGGUUCAGGAAGGGAUUGCGGCUCCACGACAAUCCUUCGCUCAAGGAUUCUCUGUUGGGAGCGGACACUGUCCGCUGCGUCUACAUCCUCGACCCCUGGUUCGCUGGCUCUUCUAACGUGGGGAUCAACAGGUGGAGGUUCUUACUGCAGAGCCUUGAGGAUUUGGACUCAAGCCUUCGCAAAUUAAACUCUCGUCUAUUUGUGAUUAGAGGCCAGCCCACUGAUGUCUUUCCCAGACUUUUUAAAGAGUGGAAGAUUUCUCGUCUGUCCUAUGAGUAUGACUCUGAGCCAUUUGGAAAAGAGCGAGAUGCAGCUAUUAAAAAGCUGGCUACUGAGGCUGGAGUGGAGGUGACAGUGUGCGUCUCUCAUACUCUCUAUGACCUGGACAAGAUUAUAGAGCUAAAUGGAGGUCAGUCCCCCCUUACGUACAAACGUUUCCAGACCCUCAUCAGCCAUAUGGAUGCAGUUGAGGUACCUGUAGAAACCAUAACGGCUGAGGUCAUGAGCAAAUGCACUACUCCACUUUCUGAAGACCAUGAUGACAAGUUUGGUGUUCCGUCUCUGGAAGAACUUGGUUUCGAUAUUGAGGGUUUGUCUUCAGCUGUGUGGCCAGGAGGUGAGUCUGAGGCCCUCACCCGACUUGAGAGGCAUUUGGAGAGAAAGGCAUGGGUCGCCAACUUUGAACGGCCCAGAAUGAACGCUAACUCACUUCUUGCCAGCCCAACAGGCCUCAGUCCCUACCUACGUUUUGGAUGCCUCUCCUGCCGACUUUUCUACUUUAAACUCACUGAUCUUUACAGAAAGGUAAAGAAGAAUAGCUCCCCUCCUCUUUCACUCUAUGGUCAGCUGCUUUGGCGAGAGUUCUUUUACACAGCAGCCACCAACAACCCCUGCUUCGACAAAAUGGAGAGCAACCCCAUUUGUGUUCAGAUUCCCUGGGAUCGCAACCCAGAAGCUCUGGCCAAGUGGGCAGAGGGCCGAAGUGGAUUCCCCUGGAUUGAUGCCAUCAUGACCCAGCUCAGACAGGAGGGGUGGAUCCACCACCUGGCCAGACAUGCAGUGGCCUGCUUCCUGACCAGAGGAGACCUCUGGAUCAGCUGGGAGGAGGGCAUGAAGGUAUUUGAGGAGCUGUUGUUGGAUGCUGACUGGAGUGUGAAUGCAGGCAGCUGGAUGUGGCUCUCCUGUAGCUCCUUCUUUCAGCAGUUCUUCCACUGCUACUGUCCUGUGGGGUUUGGUCGACGCACAGAUCCAAAUGGAGAUUACAUAAGACGCUACCUGCCGAUUCUCAGAGGAUUUCCUGCCAAGUAUAUUUAUGAUCCUUGGAAUGCACCUGAAGCUGUUCAAAAGGCCGCCAAAUGUAUCAUUGGAGUAAGUUAUCCCAAGCCCAUGGUUCAUCACGCUGAGGCCAGCCGUCUCAAUAUUGAGCGAAUGAAACAGAUCUAUCAACAGCUGUCCUGUUAUAGAGGCCUCGGUUUGUUAGCAACUGUUCCAUCAAAUUCCAACACCAAUGGUAAUGGAACCACCAAUGAAAAUGGCAACAACAAUGGAAAAAGGAAUGCAGAGGCAUCCCUGGAUGUGUGUUAUGCUGGUGAGGCCACACCUGCUGUUUCUGCAGUUUCAGAUGGGUAUCAAAUGCCAAUUCACCACCAGGGGGACUGGCAAAGUGGGGCAAGGAUGUACAUACACAGUGACACUCAAACCAGCGUAUCUACAACUCAGCAGGGUUAUGCAGGUGCAGGGAUCAGUAUGUUGUGUUACAAUCAAAGCUCCAACGAUACUCUUACCCCUGCUCUUCAAAAGGGGCCUGAACACCGCUCUCAAAUAAGUGGAAAAAGACCAUGUGAAGAUACUGGAAACACUAAAGCCUCAAAAGUCCAGAGGCAUUAGAUGUCCAUUACAUUUUGGGUCCAACGUUAUAAAAGGCACAGCUGCAUGAAAAUAUCCUCAAGAGGAAACCGGUUAACUCUUUUCUACUUUCUAAAGUAAAGACUAUAUAUUCUGAUAUGAAUUUCAUCCAAACUGGACUGAAGAGGCUGCUGCUCCAGGCUUGCUCUUUGGUUGAUCAUUUUCAGAUCAAAAUGUGUAUAUAUUGAAUUUGCAAAUUUUUGGCUCUCAUACAGCGUGUAUAUAUUUGGAUAUUGUAUGUGUUUUCUUUUUGUGUAGUAUAGGCCUAUUAUAUUUUUGAUAUGACAAUUGGUGAGUUUUAUGUUCCCCAAAGUUUUCCAUCAAUGAACCACUUGUGAACAGUCUUUUAUUUACAAAAGCACGUUUCUCUACCAAUGCAGCUCAUGAUGCCAUGAUGACAGAAUAUCCACUCCAGUUUCCCUGUGAGUUCUCCAGUGUAUCUAACAGAAGUGUUGUCUAUAUCUGAGUGCUUGUCAAAUCGUUUAAAUCCCUCUACACUGACUAAUAUAUACUUAUGACUUCACAGUUAACUAAAUCAGUCUUGUCAAUAGCCAUCCAGAGUCACACAAAAUUCUUCUGUAUCAUCCAUACAAAAUGUACUCCAUUAAAACAAGCUUCAAUAAGUAUUAUUGAUACUGAUAUUAUAUAUUGGUAUUUUGUUUUUUCACAUGAAACAAUAGUUGGUGUGAUACAAGUCCAGUACACAGAAUUCAUGAAAGUGAUAAAUUAAACAAAGAUCGAAAACUUAACAUUUAAUGACAUUUAGCAAAACUGCUUCAUUACUGCUUUACAUGUGCAAAAACAAUCAAAUUAUACCAAUACAUUAUUCUAUUUUGGAUAGACUUUGGCAAUUUGUGGAAUACUUGCUAAUGCUUUAAAAUGUAUUUGUCUAAUGAUUCCAUGGAAAAUACAAUACACUUACAACAGAA